CGGAUUUAACGAACUUUAUAACCACAAACUGAAUGUCAGUGAAUCGAGCGAUAAACGGUGUUGCGUUUGUAAUCGUCUGAGUGCUUAACUAAUAAAAUGCGCAUGAUUUGCUGACUUAAAAAUCAUUCUAUCGUUACACAAAUAUUAAUAACACAGUUUAGCGAGAAUUGAGUGACGCGACAACCUCACUUUUACCUUGCUUGUAACUAUGGUGUGUAGAGGGGAUUCGUGACCUCGCUGGAAGCAAUCACUGGAAUGUUAACAAAGACUGGUAAUUUUGUCUACGCACACCGUAAGCAAUUAAAUUUAUCAAUCAUGGAUAAUAGCUAAAUACCUGAGUUUGCAAUCAUUUUGCCCCUACAUGUUAACAAGAUUCCAAGAUUGAUAAAACAAUUAGUUAACAAUCAAACUAUCCACUUAUCAACAAGAUGAAAAGAUAGGAUUGUUUGAGGCACAUCAAACCUGAGUAGUCAUGCACGCGUAGAACCGAAAGUGACAACAUGAUUCAAAUUUUGAGUUAUACGGUUCUAACGGUACUGACAGCCGACUUAUUGGCAACGUCAGGGGAUGUAGCAGCCACUUGGACCUCCCCCAUACUCCCCAAAUUAUUCUCAAACGACUCAAAUGUUAACCCGUUUGACCACCCCAUCACUGAAGACGAAGGUUCAUGGAUCGGGUCCUUACUAAACAUCGGGUCCAUCGUAGGACCCUUCCCUUUUGGAUACAUUUCGGAGAGAUUCGGCCGCAAAGUUGCGCUUCUGUGUAUCGCAAUUCCCUACAUGAUCUCUUAUUUAACUCUUGCCUUCUCCAAAACUGUGUACCUAUAUUAUUUUGCGAGACUCCUUGGAGGGAUUGCAAUAGGUGGAGGUUACACCCUCCUCCCGACUUACGUUGCCGAAGUCGCUGAAGACUCCAACCGAGGUAUGUUAUCAGCAACCCUAAACUGUUUCUGGACUUUCGGAAACUUAAUCCCCUACGUCAUCGGCCCCUACAUCUCCGUAGUCUGGUUCAACAUUAUCUUAACCUGCUUACCAGUAGCGUUCUUCGUAAUCUUCAUAUUCAUAGCCCCCGAAUCCCCCUACUAUUUGAUAGCUAAAGACAGAAUUGAAGACGCCGAGCAGUCUUUGAUGACACUACGAGGUCGCAAAAGCGACGUCGUCCAACAAGAAAUCCGAAAAAUCCAAGCCGAACUAGCCGAAAAUGGCGCCUCAGUGUCAAUUUGGGAGUUCUUCCAAAACAGACUCUACAUGAAGGGGUUGUUCCUCUCCGUGAUGUUAAUAGCAAUCUCGCAACUCUCCGGAAUCAACGCUGUUUUAUACUACACCCAACAAAUUUUCGACGCGGCUGGUGCCAAUGGUCUUUCAUCCGACGUGUCUUCCAUCAUCAUCGGCCUAGUUACUUUCGUGUCAAGCUUUGGCACUCCUUUUGUUUCCGACAGGUGGGGGCGGCGAGCACUCAUGUUCACGUCGCUGUCAGGAGUGACCAUCGCCCAUCUAGUUUUCGGUGUAUAUUUUUUCCUCAAAGACAGAAAAGGUGUGGACGUGAGUUCCGUUUCAUGGUUGCCGCUUCUGAGCUUAGUAGUCUUCAUUAUAAUGUUCAAUGUCGCUCUAGGGUCGGUAACGUGGACGAUCUCGUCUGAGUUGUUUCCAACCAACGUUAAGUCGUACUCGGCGUCUAUAGUUUCGUGCGCGUGUUGGUUUACGUCGUUCUUUGUUACCAAAUUUUUUACCGAUCUGCAACAUGCCCUAGGGAGCGGCGAGACGUUUUGGUUGUAUAGCGGAUUCUGCUUCUUCGGCGUGCUGUUCAUGUUUCUCGUGCCAGAAACCAAAGGGAAGAGCUUCCAGGAAAUUCAAGAAAUUUUAGAACGGAGGCGCUUUUUCUAAAAGCGUGUAGUGUUUUUUACAGUUGAAACCAAAGCUCGUCAAAAUUUUGGGACAGGCGAUUUUUUGAAGUCGUUGUACAAUUUUUGUUAUAGAGAAUAAAUGUUUUUACAGUA